AGAGCGGCAAUCCACAUCCGAUUUUCUCAGUCCUCACCUUUCCCUGGCUCUCCAAACCCUCGGUCUCCAUACAGAAUUACUCCCAGCCAGUGCGCGCAAUUGGGUUGUCAUAGUCGCCGAGAGCUCAGUGUUUUGGACCCAAACAACUUAGAAUUUUUUUUUCCCCCACUGGGAAGGUUUUCUCAAAAGAACCCCCCCCCCCCUUUCGCCUCUCCAUAAAUUCUUCUGGAUACGCUUGUUGUGUGUGUGUGUUUGUGUGCGUCUGCUGGCGUUUUCGCCUUUUCAGCUUCAUGGGACGUGAUGUAGCCCCCCGCACAGAAGGACGUGUUGUGCCAUAAAGGGAUGUAAGGGAUAGGACCGUGGAUACAACACGAGGACGCUGCUGUUUCUCCUGCGACAUCACCAGCACUCGGAUUCUGUACGCACCGCAGGUUCGACCGAGGAUAUUGAACGGAGCGACCGGAGCCAACUAUUUGGAUUCGCUGUCCUCUCUCCUCAACCCCUUCAUCAAGUCCGUUCCUCAGCCACGGCGCGUAUAAGGACGGGACCCAAACGCCCGAAAGACAGUUGAGAGGGAGAAAUGAUCACGAAUACUUUGAAUGGAAGGACAUGAGCUAUCCGUCCUUUUUGCCAGGCAUUUCCAAAUCAGCGGACAGAACAUGGUUUUACUAUCUGGAAUGUGAUACACAGGAUUUGUGAGGAGAACACUCAAGAAUCACACUCCGUCCCACAGCAAGAUUUUGGACGGCAUCUGGCGCCAGAGCUAGUCGGCUUGCGGUGCAGGGGAGAGAGCUGUGCCAUAAAGAAAGCCCCCGAUUCUGGCGUUUGCCAGCAAAAGACUGAACUCAACUGGGACCUUAAGCAGCGGGCGGUAAGAGGAGGAGGCCAUGUGGACCGCACGCCUGCUAGUCCUUGCCAGCCUCUUCGCACCAGCCGCUCUGGCCUUCAGUCGAGCCCCCAUCCCCAUGGCGGUGGUGAGGAGGGAGCUGUCGUGCGAGAGCUAUCCCAUCGAGCUGCGCUGCCCGGGCACAGACGUCAUCAUGAUUGAGAGCGCCAACUAUGGCCGCACCGAUGACAAGAUCUGUGACGCAGACCCAGCACAGAUGGAGAACACGCGGUGUUACCUGCCGGAUGCAUACAAGAUCAUGUCACAAAGAUGUAAUAACCGGACCCAGUGCGCUGUUGUGGCUGGACCAGAUGUAUUUCCCGACCCUUGCCCGGGAACCUACAAAUAUCUGGAAGUCCAAUAUGAAUGUGUACCCUACAAAGUGGAACAAAAAGUAUUCCUGUGCCCAGGGCUUCUGCGCAGGGUGUACCAGAGCGAGCACCUCUUUGAAUCGGACCACCAGUCAGGAGCCUGGUGCAAAGACCCUCUCCAGGCCUCCGAUAAGAUUUACUACAUGCCCUGGACACCCUACCGCACGGACACAUUGACUGAAUAUUCCUCCAAAGAAGACUUCAUCGCCGGAAGGCCGACGACAACUUACAAGCUCCCCCAUCGCGUUGACGGAACAGGCUUCGUGGUCUAUGACGGGGCACUCUUCUUCAACAAGGAGCGCACGCGCAACAUUGUCAAGUUUGACCUGCGGACUCGUAUCAAGAGCGGCGAGGCCAUCAUUGCCAAUGCCAAUUACCAUGACACAUCUCCGUACCGCUGGGGAGGGAAGUCAGACAUUGACUUGGCUGUUGACGAAAAUGGCCUUUGGGUGAUUUAUGCCACUGAGCAGAACAAUGGGCGGAUUGUCAUCAGCCAGCUCAAUCCGUACACGUUACGCGUUGAGGGGACCUGGGACACAUCUUACGACAAGCGCUCAGCAUCCAACGCCUUCAUGAUCUGUGGAAUCCUGUACGUAGUAAAGUCAGUGUAUGAGGACGAUGACAAUGAGGCAACAGGAAACAAGAUUGACUACAUCUACAACACAGAGCUAAGUAAAGAUGGCUUUCUGGACAUCUCUUUCCCCAACUCCUAUCAGUACAUCGCUGCAGUGGAUUACAAUCCCAGAGACAACCUUCUGUAUGUUUGGAACAAUUACCAUGUUGUGAAGUAUUCGCUAGACUUUGGAGCGUUGGACAACAGACUCGAAACGUCCUCCUCUGUAAUGGUUUACAUGGACACAUCGACCAUGACAACGAGGACCACCACUCGACCAACCACUGUCACUGUGACAUCCACAACCUCCAGGACUACCACUACCAAGUCCCCUGCCACAACAACUCUAAUGGCUCAGUGGCCACAGACCGCAUCCACAGUGGUGGCCCCUGUCCAGACGGUGGUGGAGGGUCUGGUCCCAGAAGACGAAGACCGGGUGCCGCCUUCCUCCAAGCUUCCCAACAUCAGGGUGGAGUACUGCAACCCCCUGGUGAUGAUGGACAUCUCCUGGCCCAAGACCAAGCAGGGUGUGGUGGCCAAGAUGCCCUGUCCUCCUGGAACCGCAGGUGUGGCGUCAUACCUGUGCGCGGCUCCAGAGGGAUACUGGGACCCCCAGGGACCGGAUUUUAGCAACUGCACCUCCCCUUGGGUCAGCCUUAUCAGCCAGAAGCUAAAAGCUGGAGACACAGCUGCUGUCAUUGCCAGGGAAUUGGCGGAACAAACUAAGCGUAAUCUUCAGGCAGGAGACAUCACCUUCACAGUGAGGGCCAUGGUUCAGCUGGUGGAUCUCCUUGAUGUGCAGCUGAGGAACCUCACGCCAGGUGGCAAAGAUAGCGCCGCACGGAGCCUCAACAAGCUGCAGAAAAGAGAACGCUCUUGCCGGUUUUAUGUUCAGGCCAUGGUGGAGACGGUCAACAACUUGCUGCAGCCGCAGGCCCAGGCAGCAUGGAGGGAGCUGAGCACAGGCGAGCAGCUGAGGGCCGCAACCAUGCUACUGGACACGGUGGAGCAGGGGGCCUUCGUCCUGGCCGACAACCUGCUGAAGACGGACAUCGUGCAAGAGAACACUGAAAACAUUCAGCUAGAGGUGGCAAGGAUGAGCACAGAUGGGAAUUUGCCUGAUCUGAAGUUCCCACAAACCGGAGGACAGGGCAACUCCAUCCACCUCUCUGCCAACACGCUAAAGCAGCACGGAAGAAACGGUGAGAUUCGGAUAGCGUUUGUCCUCUACAAACAUAUCGGCGUCUACCUUUCAACGGAGAACGCCAGCAUGAAGCUGGGCAGCGAAGUCAUGGCAACAAAUUACUCCGUCAUUGUCAACUCCCCGGUUAUCACGGCUGCCAUCAACAAGGACUUGAACAAAGUCUACCUCUCUGACCCUGUGAUUUUCACCAUCAGACAUCUACAGCAAUCUGAAGAAAACUUCAACCCCAACUGUUCGUUCUGGAGUUACUCCAAGAGAACUAUGACUGGUUACUGGUCGACGCAGGACUGCCGCUUGCUCGGCACCAACAGGACGCACACCACGUGCUCCUGCACCCACUUGACCAAUUUUGCUGUCCUCAUGGCCCAUGUGGAUGUCAAGAACACAGACCCUGUUCACAACAUGCUCCUUGAUGUCAUCACUUGGGUUGGCAUCCUCCUGUCGCUGGUCUGCCUGCUCAUCAGCCUCUUCACCUUCUGCUUCUUCCGCGGCCUCCAGAGCGAUCGGAACACCAUCCAUAAGAACCUCUGCAUCAGCCUGUUCAUCGCCGAGUCCCUGUUCCUUGUGGGGAUCAAUCGGGGUGACCAGCCGAUUGCUUGUGCUGUCUUUGCUGCCCUGCUCCACUUCUUCUUCCUGGCAGCGUUCACAUGGAUGUUCCUGGAGGGCGUGCAGCUCUACAUCAUGCUGGUGGAGGUGUUCGAGAGCGAGCACUCACGUCGACGCUACUUCUACAUGGUGGGCUACGGCGUUCCCGCGCUAAUUGUGGCCGUUUCUGCUGCAGUGGACUACCGCAGUUACGGCACCGAUCGAUCUUGCGCUAACAAUUUUCUUUCUUUUCUUUUGUCUUUUUUUGGCCCAUUGAUGCAGAAUGUUAUGCUCAAUGUGAUCUUCCUGGGCAUCGCUCUCUACAAGAUGUUCCAUCACACGGCGAUUUUGAAACCAGACUCCGGUUGCCUGGACAACAUCAAAUCAUGGGUGAUCGGGGCCAUUGCCUUGCUAUGUCUGCUGGGCCUGACCUGGGCCUUUGGCCUGAUGUAUGUCAACGAGAGCACGGUGGUCAUGGCCUACUUGUUUACCAUCUUCAACUCCCUGCAGGGAAUGUUCAUCUUCAUCUUUCACUGUGUGCUGCAGAAGAAGGUGCGUAAGGAGUAUGGAAAAUGCCUCCGUACUCACUGCUGCAGCGGCAAAAGUGUGGACAGCUCCAUCGGCUCAGGAAAAGGCACCGCCUCUCGUGCUCCGGGACGUUACUCGACAGGGUCACAGAGCCGCAUCCGUCGAAUGUGGAAUGACACGGUCAGAAAACAGUCCGAGUCCUCUUUUAUGACCGGUGACAUCAACAGCUCUGCAUCACUCAACAGAGGGGCUAUGGCUAACCAUCUUAUACCUAAUGCACUCCUACGUCCUCAUGGCACUAACAAUCCCUAUAAUACAUUGCUUGGGGAAUCGGCAGUCUAUAACAACCCUCUGGGCAUGUACAACACACAAGAGCCCUACAGAGAGACAAAGGGAAUCCUGAACAAUGCCCGGGAUACAAGUGUCAUGGAUACUCUACCACUGAAUGGUAACCAUGGCAACAGCUACAGCAUCGCCAGCGCUGAGUACAUGAGUGACUGCGUCCAGAUCAUUGAUCGGGGUUAUAACCACAAGGAGACCACCCUGGAAAAAAAGAUCCUGAAAGAGCUCACCUCCAAUUAUAUUCCCUCCUACCUCAACAAUUCCCAUGAACGCGCAACCGAGCAGAACCGGAACCUUAUGAAUAAGCUGGUCAAUAAUGUUAGCAACGGUGGCAAGGACAGUGGCUACGGGAUGGGCUUGGGAGUGGGGAUAGGCAUGAAUGUGGCGCUGAGCCUGGAUGACCACUCCACCUUUGCUCCGCACCACGACGAAGGCCUGGGCCUGGAGUUAAUCCGCGAGGAGUCCAAUGCCCCGCUGCUGCCUCAAAGACCACCCCCGUCCCUGCAGGCGGUGGACAACCUUAACAAUCACCUCCACCAGUCAGCACCGCCGCCCCUCCCACUGCCGCACCACCCCUUCUCGUCCGCCACCACUUCCUCUUCGUCUCGAAGGAGGAUCCCCCAGGAGAACAGCGAAAGUUUCUUCCCCUUACUUACUAACGAGCACACCGAUGACGAGGGCUCGUCCCCCAGGCACAACCACCAGAGAGACUCCCUCUACACCAGUAUGCCCAUGCUGCCCGGCCUGCCCGACGUGUCCGCGGAGUCCGUUGAAGGCUCCAAGGACGGGGGGGACGCCAAAAGCCCAGAGGACCUCUCGGACGACGUUUACUACAAGAGCAUGCCCAACUUGGGUUCACGUAACCACCUCCAUCAGCUGCACUCCUACUACCAGCUAGGGCGGGGCAGCAGCGACGGAUUCAUUGUGCCCCCAAACAAAGAGGAUCUAUCUCCAGAAGAGGCCCAGCCGGAGCCCUCGCACCUAGUCACUAGCCUAUAGGCCCAACAUCCUCCCGCUCCUCCAGUGUCCCUCCUAUUACCGUAGUCCUCUUCCCCGUGUCCCCUUGUUCCAUCCGUCGUUGGCAGUGGUAGCCCUCCUUUUUAUUCCGUGUCCCUAAGACUGCGGCAGAGCAAACGGCUGUACUCUCGCUCUUGCUGACCACAAACAGGAUAAUGAUUGCUCGGUACGGGGGCUCAUAUGUGACUAUAUUUGGUUAAACAUUGCGGGAAUCUGUUGAUGUUGUGUUCCACCACCCUCCAACCUUGUGUGGUUAGGCGUGUUUUUGUCUCAGUGUGAAAAGAGACAAUUACUCACACGGAUUUUUAGGUCUCUGAGAUGUUAGUCUGACAGUCGAAACGAACUGCAUAGUCCCAAACGAUACAAGUCUAAAGUACAGACUUUACCAGAAUAAAUGGGAAAUUACAAAAAAAGGACUAUUUUAUUAUACUUCUGUAUCUAUAUUGACUUUUUGAAAGAUUUUCUUCCUCUUUGGUGAGUUGCAGCACCGUUUGUUUGCUGAAGUGACCCUUCAAUGAAAAAAGACAACAAAAAACCAACACAAACACAUUUUGAACAAUUACCAUGAAGGAAUUAUUGAUCGUAUGCUUUCAAGCAUAGCUGUUCUUUUUUUCUUUCGUUUUACUGUAAUAACAGUUGUUAAAAGAGGGAGAAAAAAAAACUAAUAAAGAGAAUUAUGACCUAUUUCUAUGUAAUUGUACAGAUAACUAGCAUUGCACACAAUAGUAUGCUUUUUUUGUUCCGAACAAACCCUUUGUCUCUGUAAAACGUAGUGGUUAGGAGCAAUUUUGUUCAGUUGUGCUGGCAUUUCUCCGUUUCUGGUACAGGUCUGUUUUUUUUUUUUUUUUUUUUUUGUUUUCCUCUUUAAUUACUUUCCAAGAAAUGAUCUAAAUAGAAGCAAAUAACACAAAAGAUAUCACAACAAAACACGCAUUUAUGUGCUGCAUAUUCAUCUUUGUUUUUAAGUCUAUUUUCUGUUUCGGUUUGAUUUCUUUUCCCUUUUUUUUUUAUUUUUUUUUUUUUUAAACUGUGUAGAUAGCAGAGCGGUGAUUCACAGAUCGUCAAGGAGACAGAAUAAGUCCACGUUAAUCACGAGGUGUCCUCAGAAAGGUGCACAGUGCAUUCUGCGUCACGAUUGGCUUUCGAAAGCGCUUUUGCUUCUCUGAAAGAAAAUAUUGACCACCGAUGACCAAUAGGCACUUGUACAAACAAUAGAAAGAUGGUUGUUUUACUAAUUAAAGAAACAGCUUUUGGAGUGAGAAAAAACUGGCUGGGUUGUUUUUCUCGAGGAGAAAAUAUAUUUAUUUAUUUGUUUCGAUAAACAGUAAAACAACUGAGAAUGGGGGUACGUUUAGUGGCACAGAUCCGUUUUUACUAUUGGCUAGGAUUAUAGCUGCUUAUUUAUUCAUUUUUUGUAAUGGUUUCCACGCUGAAUGACCUCAUAACUAAUAUUUGUUGUAACAGUGAAACUUGUUUGCCAACAAAUAAAUUACUGAUUAAGAUUUAUCACUUAGCUAUGACAAAAGUUCUGGUGUUUUCUCUGGGUCUUGGAACUCUUUUUAUAUGGAGAACAGUGAAGGACCUCCAAAUGAUGGAACGAUCAAGCUUUUUUCUUUUCUUUUUUUUUUACAUCAGUUAAUAUCUCUCAUUAGCCCUCUGUCCAUUUUAGUGCCAAACCCAUUUUGGCCCAGCAACAGUGGAUGUGCUGUGUAUGCUCUGGUCUGCUUUACAAUAGAAGCAGUGAUUUCAUAAGCUGUAAUAAAUAUUUCAAUAUCA